AUGGAUAAAGAUUUCAAACCAGUUUUUUUUAAACCACGACUAGUCCUAUUAGCGUGGAAAAGUAAAAUUGAAAGUAAUUUAAGAGAAUUAAUUGGUAAAGAUAUUUUAGAACCAAUAAGUAGUGCAGAAUGGGGUACACCGUUAGUUCCCAUAUUAAAACCGAAUGGUGAAAUUAGAAUAUGUGGCGAUUAUAAAGUCACGAUUAACAGACAUCUAUCCGAUUUUAAUUCUCCAUUAACGCGUAUUGAUAAAAUUUUUGCGUCACUUCAAGGGGGUGAACUGUUCUCAAAACUCGAUUUACUUGGACUCACUAAAAAUAAGGAAAGAACGGAAUCUAUUUUGAAACCACCAAUUUCCAGAAAUUUGUUUGAGUUAAGAGCGCUAAUGGGUAUGAAAAUUCAUUCUGCGGAAACAAAAAGAAAUAAUAAGUAUCUUGAGAAGUCAAGAGUUAGCCGAACAUGCGCUGUUGGAGGUUUUUUUCUGUCUAUACCAAUUUUUCUUACCGGCAUCAUUCUCUACACCUUUAAUAAUUUUCAUUCGACUCCUGCUGUUAUAUCAAGCGUUCUUAUUGGUACGGGAAUUAUAUUUUGUGGUGGUGCCAUGGUUCAUAAUGUAUUCGUGUGGCAAAAAGAAAAGACUCUUUGCUACCGAAAUCAACAAAUCAACUUGUCCUUAAUUUCUCAUAUAGGACCAAAUUCACCUCCGAUUCAAUUUAUGAAUCACAUGAGUCACGCCAAUCAAUUUCAUCAAGCAAAUUUACAGUUGCACCAAACAACUUCAUUAACUCCUGUCUCACCAAAUCAUUCACAAAAUAGUUUCAAUGCACUUGGAUCAGGACCAGUAAGUUCUUCUUAUCUUAUGCGACCUUCUACAGCAACUCCGCCAACACCAAAAACGAUCGCCAACGGUUGUUUAACAUUAACUGGGCGUGAAGCUAGUGGUUCUGCAAGUCCGAGCAUACCUCCAACUUUGGAUAUAAGUACUAUAACUAGUACAUCUUUGCAUGAAUUAUCAACUUUAGUUUAACUUCAUUUUAUAUAUUUUUUUUUGCUAAAUAAAAUAAAACAAUAGUAUAUCACAAGCCCACUAUAACGAAUGAUGGUGUAAAUUUUU